CAAAAUCGGGUUUUGGAUGGUCAACUAUACAGUUCACGCCAUGGUGACCAAGAGCCCGGACCUCUACGUGCUCUCGGUCGGGUCGUUUCCGCUCACGCCAAGCAUCGACCAGUGCAAGAUCUUGCGCGCCACGUACCCGCAUGACGUGGCCGCGUCACCGAUCGCCCGACUCGGAUUUGCCUCGAACGUCGUGACGUACUUCCGAGGCAAUACCUUCUCGCAUGCAUUUCAAUCCGAUGCAACGGUGAACAUGCCGACCGCAAGCAUGAACGACGUCCAGCUGCGCGCUCUCGGGUAUGUGCCCGGGCGCACGGGCACCGACAUGCGGCUCACAACGGGCGUUGCCGUGGCCAACGUGUCGUAUGCCCAGAACCUGCUCGUAGCGUUCUACAAGAUUUCACCACGGAGCUUUUGCACCGGGUGCCCGCCGGUGACGGAGCUCGGGUACGGGCAGUGCAACGUGACGCUCUUGUACAACGACAGUACCAAGCAAGUGGUGAUCUCGAGCAGUGUCAACCACUUUGGCUCGAUGUACAAGGUCGGUGUCUUGCUGCCGCAGUCGGGCUUUUCGUCGGCGUCCCACUAUGUCAAGUUGACGGCGAUUUUCUUUGCUGUUGGCGGGUACCUUGCGGGCCGUCGCACGGUGCAGUGGACCGACAUGGAAGCGCUCUUGGCCAACGCCGACUCGAUUUUUUCGAAAAUUUUGCGCACGAUUUCGCCAAAGUACUUUCCGUACCCGAGUUUGGCGCUGCGCUUUGAUAUGUUUUGCUACAAUUCCGACAUUUUCGUGUUUCUCUUUGCGAUUGGCGUGCUCCUCGACAUUGGCAACUGCCUCAUGUACCUGCGCGUCAUCAAUCUCUUCAACGCGCCGUCGCCGAAUAUUGUGUACAACAUUCAGCAAUAUGCGCUGAGUACCCGUCUCUUGUGGAUCAAUUGCGCGGUGCUCAAAGUGCUCAAAAUUCUGUGCAACCUCGUGACGACGUCGACGUACAAUGGCGAAAACAAGCUCAUGCGAUUCCUCAACUUGACCAACGUCACGUCUUUGUACAUUAGCGCGAUCGUGCUGAUGUACGUGCCGCCGUUCAUCGAGUACUCCAACAGUGUCAUCUUUGACCUGAACCACAAGGUGCAGAACCUCGAUGACAUCCACGUCCUCGCCUUUGACAGCUUUUACCUCCGCGUCGUGCCCUACAUCUUGGCGCUUGUCGUCAUCAACCUCGCAUGUGUGCUCUUGCUGGACCAUUUGCUGUACUACAAGUCGUGGCAGCUCCUCGUGAAAAACUCACUCGCGCGCCAAGCCAUCUUCAACAGCAGCUCCAUCUUGUGCGACUAUUUGCACGGGAUUGAGCCCGACAAUGACGUCGACAGCAAGGGCUCGCUGCUCAUCUGCAAGGCGCGCCGCCUCAGCACGCUCCAGUGGUUCUUCACGAGCCAUCUCGUAUGCUUUGGGCUGCCCGAGAAGGAGCUCCGCGCCAAGAAAAAAAUGAUGCAAACGUCGUCGGUCACAACGGCCACGGGCUCGGAAGACGCGACGAGCGUCAAGUGCAUGGUCGUGCAGGACGCCGACCGCCAUGUGCACUUGCUCGACGCGCAGCUCGCGGAUAUCACGCCGCUUGUGUACAACAUCAAAAUCCUCAAGGACACGACUGUCGUGAUCCAAUAAUGCGCUUAACAUGUACGACUUGUUUCCAUC